GAAAGCAGCCACUUUAUCAUUUCCUGGCGAAUCAGAGCCACCUAAUUAAAGGCGAUCCCGCUCUCCGUUCCCCACUUCUGUGCACAUCCCUUUUCCGUCGAAGGAGACGCUCUUCUUCGCUUCUGCUCUCUCUAUAUUCUCUCAUCUUGCAAUAUCUCUAGGUUCAGCUUUCCUUCCCUGAGAAGAAUCGAACAUAAUGGCAAAUGCAGCAUCUGGGAUGGCAGUCCACGACGACUGCAAAUUGAAAUUCUUGGAGCUUAAGGCAAAAAGAACCUAUCGCUCCAUAAUUUUCAAGAUCGAGGAGAAGCAAAAGCAAGUUAUUGUGGAGAAGCUUGGUGAUCCAAGUCAAAGCUACGAGGAUUUUGCUGCUAGCAUCCCUGCUGAUGAGUGCCGCUAUGCUGUUUAUGAUUUUGACUUUGUCACGGUGGAGAACUGCCAGAAGAGCAGGAUAUUUUUCAUUGCAUGGUCUCCUGACACAGCGAGGGUGAGAAGCAAGAUGAUUUACGCGAGCUCGAAAGACAGGUUCAAGAGAGAGCUCGAUGGAAUUCAGGUAGAGUUGCAAGCAACUGAUCCUACGGAGAUGGGGCUUGACGUGUUCAAGAGCCGUGCAAACUGAAGGGGGACCUAUACAGGAUCAUCCCAGAGUGGCUUGUUGCCAUUCAGGAUUUGCAUCUAAUGGGGGUGAAAUGUUUAUAUUUUGGUGAUGAGUGGAGAGUUUUAUGAUACGGAGUUUCAGAGUUUGAUCUGCUGAUCUAAAGUCUUUUUUUGUUCAUUCGAAGCUGCAUACUGACAUUGGCUACAUUUUGUUAUUUUGUGAUCCAUAGAACCUCUUUGUGUCUGAGUGCAUUUCUUGUAGUUGUAUGUCUACGGGCUAAUCUGUAACUGGUUGUUUGUGGAGGGGUGAGUUGAAGGUGGAGAAGUGCUGAACCAUCCAUUCUACUACUUAGGUUGCUGAGGGGGUGCCUCAUAGCCUGCAGUUAUCAAGUCUUCUCUUGCUAUGCACUACUGUUACUAUAAGAUUUACUUGUGAAAGCUAUGGUUCUCUCAUAUGCAUUCUGUUCUUUCCCUGGCUCUUAGACUUGGCAAUCGGGUUGGGCUGGGAAUCUCGGGUUGGGUUGUCAUGGGUCGGGUCAUCUUGGGUAGGCUGAUUUCAAAUCAAUAUUGACCCAAUCCAUCGGGUUUGGGUUGGGUUUCGGGUCAUUUCAGAUUACGAAUGUUCUCAGAAACAAUAUCAAACAUGCUUUUCAUAAAAUUUUAACGAAUGC